AUGAUGAAGCCUCCCAGUGGAGAAGAAAACGCUGCACCGAAGCGGAAAAAAAUUGAAGAACCGGAAAUCCCUCCGGAGAUGCAAGAACAUUCCGAGACCGACUCGGAGGGUGAAAUCGGACCCCAACCCGCCCCGGAGAAGAAACGAAGGAGACGUGUACUUCCUCUUGAGAAAACCUACCUCCAUGCUUUGCCAGACGGCGAGAUGUACGAAAAGAGUUUCAUGCAUCGAGACGUCAUCACCCACGUGCUUGUUACUCACACCAAGUUCAUCAUCACCGCGUCCAUCGACGGCCACAUCAAGUUCUGGAAGAAAAUCGACGUCGGCAUAGAAUUCGUCAAGCAUUUCCGCGCCCAUCUCGGUAACAUUCAAAGCAUCGCCACCAACUCGACGGGUUCUUUACUCUGCUCUGCGUCCAACGAGAAGACCCUCAAGAUCUUCGAUGUUGUCAACUUUGAUAUGAUCAACAUGAUUAAACUGGAUUUCGUGCCCUUGUGUUGCGAAUUCGUGCAUUCCUCGGGAGAUCCGAUCUCCGCGGUAGCAGUGUCAGACGCGGAUUCUCCUGCAAUACACAUUUUUGACGCGCGUGGAUCCGAGACUCCGCUUAAAAUUCUUGCCACGUUGCACACGAAGCCAGUGCGGGUAAUGAAGUACAACGUCGGGCUGGAGCUUGUCAUUUCCGGCGACACUGCUGGAGUGUUCGAAUAUUGGGCGAGUCCUAAACACGACUGUAUUUUCCCGGAGCGUCUUCUGGACUUCGAUUCCAAACUUGACACGGACUUGUUUGACCUGGCGAAAGUUAAGGCAGUUCCGAGGUCCAUGACUUUCUCCCCGGACUGGACGAGAUUCGCAGUUUGGUCGUCGGAUAGGAAAUUGCGAUUAUUUCGUGUUGUCACUGGAAAAUUGAUGAAAGUAUAUGACGAAUCUUUCGCCACUGUGACGGAGAUGCAACAAGCCAAACAGCUCGUUCCGAACAUUGAAUUCGGGCGUCGGAUGGCUAUUGAAAGAGAACUGGAAAAAUCUGAAAUUGCGACGUGUUGGUCGAAUGUUCUGUUUGACGAGACGGGGAAUUUUUUGAUCUACGCUACGCCUCUCGGCAUCAAAGUUGUCAACACUGUGACCAACAACUGCGUCAGAUGGUUAGGGAAGGCCGAAAAUAUUCGUUUUUUGUGCCUCGCAAUCUUUCAGGGAAAACCUGGAGGAGCGUUUGAUGUCCGUGGACCAGGAACGAGUGGAGUCGGUGGUGGACCGAUUUCAAUCGAGUUGCAUGCUUCGGAUAACCCAACUUUGGAAGCGAUAGAACCUGAUCCAACGAUCAUCUGCACAGCUUUCAAAAAGAACCGCUUUUACUUGUUUUCACGUCGCGGACCAGGGGACGAACGGGACGUGUUCAACGAGAAGCCGUCCAAAGAAGACAUCGUUGCGGCGACUGACGACCUCGGUCAUCAUAAGCUGUACGAGAACGCCAUCUUGCACACUACAUUGGGUGACGUCCACAUCAAGCUUUUCAUCAAAGAGACCCCCAAGACAGCGGAAAACUUCUGCGUGCACAGCAAGUCGGGCUACUACAACGGUCACAUCUUCCAUCGCGUCAUCAAGGGCUUUAUGAUCCAGACCGGGGAUCCCACUGGCACCGGAAUGGGCGGCGAAAGCAUCUGGGGCGGCGAAUUCAAGGACGAGUUUCAUCCGAAUCUCCGUCACGACCGACCUUAUACCGUGUCCAUGGCGAACGCGGGGCCCAACUCGAACGGGAGUCAGUUCUUCAUAACUGUUUGCCCCACACCCUGGCUCGAUAACAAGCACACAGUUUUCGGACGUGUUGUUCGCGGGAUGGAGGUGGUGCAAAAUAUAUCGCACGCCAAGGUUAAUAAGACGGACAAACCGCACGACGAUAUUGCGAUCAUCAGUGUUUCUUUGAAAUCUCUGCAAUUUCAGUUGAGCCUCCUGCUACACUCCGGUCGAAAAGCAAUCGUUUGUUUCAUCUGUGAAAUUGAUCGUGUUAGUCUCUCAAUAAUGGCGAAGGUUGGAAUCAACGGAUUCGGUCGUAUUGGCCGUUUGGUGCUUCGUGCUGCUUUGUCCAAAGGAGUUGAGUUGGUUGCCGUGAAUGAUCCAUUUAUUGAUGUGGAUUACAUGGUUUACAUGUUUAAGUAUGAUUCCACUCACGGACGUUACAAGGGUGAGGUACACAAGGAUGGAGCCGAUCUUGUUGUCGAUGGUAAGAAAAUUAAAGUUUUCGGCGAGCGUGAUCCCGCAAAUAUCCCAUGGGCCUCUGUCAACGCCACAUACGUCGUUGAGUCCACGGGUGUUUUCACGACUAUUGAGAAAGCCGGAUUACAUUUUAAGGGAGGUGCGAAGAAAGUCAUUAUUUCUGCUCCUUCGGCUGAUGCCCCCAUGUACGUGAUGGGUGUCAACCAUGACUCGUAUGACCCUAAGAACAACGUUGUCUCCAACGCAUCGUGCACCACCAACUGUCUUGCUCCCCUGGCAAAGGUCGUUCACGAUAACUUCGAAAUCGUCGAGGCGCUUAUGACCACUGUGCAUUCCAUCACUGCCACGCAGAAAACUGUUGAUGGACCUUGUGGAAAGACGUGGCGCGAUGGCCGUGGAGCCGCGCAGAACAUCAUCCCUGCAAGCACUGGUGCUGCCAAGGCUGUUGGAAAGGUCAUUCCAUCCUUGAAUGGUAAACUCACUGGAAUGGCAUUCCGCGUGCCGACCCACGAUGUGUCGGUGGUUGACCUCACGUGUCGCCUGGGCAAGGAUUGCACUUACGAUGACAUCAAAGCAGUGCUUAAGGCUCAGUCCGAAGGUCCGCUGAAGGGAAUCCUGGGAUACACUGAAGAUGACGUCGUCUCUGCCGACUUCGUGGGAGACACACACUCGUCCAUCUUCGAUGCGAAGGCUGGGAUUCAAUUGAACAAAAAUUUUGUCAAGCUUAUUUCCUGGUACGACAACGAGUUCGGCUAUUCAUGCCGAGUGGUUGAUUUAAUCAACCACAUGUUCGCCAAAGACAAGUGAACCAUGUGAUGAUGAACGUAGCGAAAGCGUCGGGUCUUGAAGAGACGACUGGUGCUAAGUAAGCCCCAUCUUUCCGGACUUCGAAGAAACAAGAAACCCGCCAGCUGUGCUUGGUCUAAAUUUUUGAGCAUUGAAUAAUCUUCUCCCGUGUACCGCGAAAAUGUGCAAUUGGCCUUCUCUGUGAAAUGUUCAGCAUGGUUCCUGUUUGGAUCACAGCUGUUGAAAGACUCGAAUGCCUGAUUCUGAAAUACAUAUUUCCUGGGAAAUA